CUUGGGAGUCCCUGAUUAUUAAAUCAACCAAGAAUUGAUCAUGACUGCAGUUUUAGAGAGACGCGAAACCCAAAACUUAUGGGGUCGUUUCUGUAAUUGGAUAACUAGCACUGAAAAUCGUCUUUACAUUGGAUGGUUUGGUGUUUUGAUGAUCCCGACUUUAUUGACCGCAACUUCUGUAUUUAUUAUUGCCUUCAUUGCUGCUCCACCAGUAGAUAUUGAUGGUAUUCGUGAACCUGUUUCUGGAUCUCUGCUUUACGGAAACAAUAUUAUUUCAGGUGGCAUUAUUCCAACUUCUGCAGCUAUAGGAUUACAUUUUUACCCAAUAUGGGAAGCGGCAUCCAUUGAUGAAUGGUUAUAUAAUGGUGGUCCUUAUGAACUAAUUGUUCUACACUUCUUACUUGGUGUAGCUUCUUAUAUGGGGCGUGAGUGGGAACUUAGUUUUCGUUUGGGUAUGCGCCCUUGGAUUGCGGUUGCAUACUCCGCUCCGGUCGCAGCUGCUACCGCAGUUUUCUUAAUCUAUCCAAUUGGUCAGGGAAGUUUUUCUGAUGGUAUGCCCCUAGGAAUCUCUGGGACUUUCAAUUUCAUGAUUGUAUUUCAGGCUGAGCACAAUAUUCUUAUGCACCCAUUUCAUAUGUUAGGCGUAGCUGGUGUAUUUGGCGGUUCCCUAUUCAGUGCUAUGCAUGGUUCCUUGGUAACUUCUAGUUUGAUCAGGGAAACCACAGAAAAUGAAUCGGCUAAUGAAGGUUACCGAUUUGGCCAAGAGGAAGAAACUUAUAAUAUAGUAGCCGCUCAUGGUUAUUUUGGACGAUUAAUUUUCCAAUAUGCUAGUUUCAAUAAUUCUCGUUCAUUACACUUCUUUUUAGCUGCUUGGCCUGUAGUAGGUAUUUGGUUCACUGCUUUAGGUAUCAGCACCUAUGGCAUUCAAUUUAAAUGGGUUCAAUUUUAAUCAAUCCGUAGUUGAUAGCCAGGGCCGGGUAAUUAAUACUUGGGCUGAUAUAAUUAAUCGUGCUAACCUAGGUAUGGAAGUUAUGCAUGAACGUAAUGCUCACAACUUCCCUCUAGACCUAGCUGCUAUCCAAGUUAUAGCUACAAAUGGCUAGAGACUUUGUCUCUUAGUAUAUAGAUAGGGAAUCUAUUUAAAAUAGAAUAAAGGAGCAAUUCCGCCUUCUUGUCUAGAACAAGAAAGUGGUUAUUGCUCCUUUAUUGAUUCCUUUUUGAAAAGAACAUAUUUUAGUUGGGGGCGGAUGUAGCCAAGUGGAUUAAGGCGGUGGAUUGUGAAUCCACUAUGCGCGGGUUCAAUUCCCGUCGGUUCGCCCAUCACUCUAAUUUCCGUUUCGAUAAAUUCUAUAAAUGGGUAAAAGAUAUGAGUGAAAGUAAAUAACAUGCCGCUAUGGUGAAAUUGGUAGACACGCUGCUCUUAGGAAGCAGUGCUAGCGCAUCUCGGUUCGAGUCCGAGUAGCGGCAUAAAAAAUAAGAGUAAUCUUUUGUUCUUUUUCAUUUUUUUUCUUAUCUAAUUCAGAGUUAAAAUCUUAUUUUAUUUUUUUUAAUAAUUUUUAUGAUAGUUUCAACCUUAGAACAUAUACUAAGUAAUAUUUCACUUUCAAUAAUACUCGUUUCAAUUUUAAUUAAAAUUUAUUUGAGAAUCUUUUUCGUCGAUGAAAACAUAAAACUUUCUAAUUCAUCAGAAAAGUGCAUUUUCAUAACUUUUUUAUGUAUAACAGGAUUAUUAGCUACUCAUUGGAUUUCGUCAGGCCAUUUCCCACUAAGUGAUUUAUCGGAAUCUUUGCUUUUUCUUUCCUGGAGUUUUGCUCUUAUUAAUAGCCUUUCCUAUUUAAAAAAAAAUACAAAAUUAUUAAGUACAAUAAUAAGCCCAAUUGAUUUUUCUAUCCAGGCUUUUGCUACUUCGGGUCUUUUCACAGAAAUUAAGAAAUAUUCAAUAUUAGUCCCGCUCUUCAAUCUCAGUGGUUAAUAAUGCACGUAAGUAUGAUGAUAGUGGGUUACGCAGCUCUUAUAUGUGGCUCCUUAUUAUCAGUAGCACUUAUGGUCAUUACCUUUAGAAAAAAUGAAAAUAUUUUUCAAAUGAAUUAUAUUUUUUCGGCUAACAAUUUUUUAUAAGAUUCAAUUAAGUAAAGAAUUAGAUUAUUGGGAGUUAUCGAGUUAUUAGUUUAGGGGUUUAUCUUUUUAACCAUAGGAAUACUUUCGGGGGCUUUGUGGGCGAACGAAGCGUGGGGAUCUUAUUGGAGUUGGGAUCCAAAAGAGACUUGGGCUUUUAUUACUUGGAUAGUGUUUUCAAUUUAUUUACAUACUCGAAGAAAUAGAACUUUUGAAGGUGCUACUUCGGCAAUUGUGGCAUCUAUAGGUUUUCUUAUUAUUUGGAUAUGCUAUUUUGGAGUCAAUUUAAUUGGAUUAGGUCUACAUACUUAUGGUUCAUUUUCGCGAACAUAAAAAAGAUUUUAUUCUUUAAUAUUUGAAUCUUUGGAAUAAAUAAAAAAAAAAGACAUUAAUUUUUUACUUCGUGAAAAGCUAAAAAUUUAUGAAACCCGUGCUACAAAAUAUGAAAUAUUUUUAUUUUAGAGCACGGGUUUUCAAUAAAAUAGAAUGAAUUCAAAUAUACUUUUCUGGACCAGAUCAAUAAGCGAGACCCAUACUGCGAGUUGUUUCAUGCCAUAAAUAAACUCGAACACUCAAGAAAUCUGUUGGGCAAGCGGAUUCACACCUCUUACAGCCUACGCAAUCUUCUGUUCUCGGAGCAGAAGCAAUUUGUUUAGCCUUACAUCCGUCCCAUGGUAUCAUUUCUAAAACAUCGGUGGGGCAGGCUCGAACACAUUGAGUACAUCCUAUACAUGUAUCAUAAAUCUUUACAGAAUGUGCCAUUGAACGAAUAAAUUUAUAAAUUUUAUGAAUUAUCGAUAUAGUAUCCUCCAAAUAUUAUUUUUAUGCAAUAUAAAAAUUAGAAGAUACUUGGUUUUUAGAUACUAUAUGACUCAAUGAAUUUUCAGAAGAAUUCUAAUCACUAGAUUUCUGGAUUGGUUUUAAAAAUAAAAAAAAAAUUAUUUUAUGUUUUUUGGUAAAUUAUUAUCAAUUUUUAUGUUUUAAUAUUAUCAUUUUUUUUAUAACUACGCAAACUACCUAAUAGGGUAAAAAAGGAUUCUUUUUUGAAUUAACUAAAUCUGCCGUUUUAAAGUUUUAAAUAAAAAAUCCCUUCAAAUUUAUACAGUAAGAAUCAAUAGACAAAAGGACAUGAUGUCUUUCUAUUCACUACCCUGAGCUAUUCUUUUGUAAUUGUUUCAGUACCCAGACUGUAGUUCUAAAAUUUACGUAUAAAAUAGGUUCUAAAAGCUAUACAACUUCAAAAUGAAUGAGUUUUUGUCUCUCUAAUCUCCAAUUUAUCAAUUAAUUCUUUAUAGCGCAAUGUAUUUUUUUUUUGAUAAAUAAGCUAAAAGUCGUUUGUCGUUUCCCCAAAAUUUUACGUAAACCUUUUUGAGAUAAAUAGUCUUUUUUAUGCAAUUUCAAGUGGGAAGUAAGCCGGUGUAUUCUAUUGGUGAAAUUCCAUAUUUGAAAUUCAACGGAACCUCUGUUUUGUUGGUUUUGGUUUUUAUAAAUAGUCGAAAGAGAUAAGUUUUUUAUCAUAAACUAAAUGAACUCCCUUCAUUGAUAUAUAAUAUGCAUUUAAAAUAAUUUUUUAUAAUUAAGUUAUAGAUUUAUUUCAUAGAUAUGAAAUAAUUGAUUAGUAACUAAAUCGAACUAACGAAAAAUAAAGAAAGAAAAUGAUAAGAAAAAAGAAGAAAUAUUAUACAAGAAAUCAACUUGACAGAAAUGAAUCCAAUGUUUUUUUUAUUUUUUUUGUAAAAAAAACUUGUAAACUUACCCGUUUAAAAGAGAUUUUGCUAAUGAAAGAGCUUUUAAUCUUACCUCAAUAGUCUUUCUUUUCCAAAUGUUCUUACGAAUACGCUUUUUGGCUUUCGAAAUACGUUUUUUUGGAACUGCCAUUUAAAAUGAUUUACAGGUUAUCACUGGAUGUGAAAGACAUUUAUUGCUAAAAAAGAAUUCUUCUAGACUAAGUCUAUCAAUUCAAAUCAAAAGAAAACCCUCUCUUUUCGGGUUCAUUAAUAAAAUAAAAGUGAAUUAUUUCAACUUAAUAUUCUUUGGAUGAGGGAGAAAGUAUCUAUAUAGAUCUAAAUAAAUAUAUGGUAUCCUCGAUUCAGUUAGAUACAAAUUAAAAUAAGGUAUAUUUCCAUUCAUUGCUUUUCAUCUAACCUGGUACCAUCUACCCUGCUAGAGGGUAGAUAGUACUACUAUCAAUUAAAUUUCCACCAAUUAAAUUUCAAUGGUAAAUACAUAUGGAUCCUUAACAUACUGAAACGACUCCCAUUAUUAGUAUUAAACCAAUAACGAUUCAUACAAGCUAAAUCUUUCCAAUCGAUAAUUAGGCCAAAGAAAAAAUUCAAUCAAUUUAUUCGGAUCCUUAUGCCGAGGGGUUACUUUCCUCCCAAACUUGAUUUUUGUUGGAACUAGAGAAUUUGCAUCCACGCCAUUCCAUUUGUUUGAAUUGAAACAAAUUAGAGUUUCUUAAUUCUCUACGACGCCUAGAUGAUAAAAUAUUUUCAAUAAGAAGCGGAUCACAAUUAUUGUUCUCUUCAGCGCGAAUUAUUCGUUGUUUUAACGUAUUUUUGAUUAAGAAUUUCUUUACUCUUAUGAACCAAUGAAAGAACUAUGGUUUGAUACAUAAGAAAUUCUCCGUUUGGUUUGAUAGACAGCGGAAAGGGGUCAACCAAAAAAUCCCGUCCUUUUUAAAAAUUCUGGAACACUCUCUUUUGAAUCCGCAACACUCUGUUUUGAAUCUCGAACAUUUCUUUUUGAAUUUUUUGAAUCUGGAACACUCUGUUUUGAAUCUGGAACACUCUGUUUUGAAUCUGGAACAUUUCUUUUUGAAUUUUUUGAAUCUUGAAUACUCUCUUCCUGAUUCAUCUGUGGCAUUAGACCCAAAUUUAACUUUUCCCUUUGAAUCCAUGAUAGCAUCAUUUUUUUUCGAUUUAGCAUUCUAAGCAAGAGACAAUAGAUCUGGAGAUCUUGGAAAAGGCCUUGAUUAAAAGUAACAUCCUCAUCCUCUCUAAAUUGAAAAAAUAAAUAAUUUUUCAGGAAUAACUCUAGUUCUAUCUCAGUUUGACUUUUCCUUUUCUUUUCACCUUCAGUUUCCCCUUCAGUUUCCCCCUGGGUUUCCCCUUCAGUUUCACCUUUGGUUUCACCUUCAGUUUUCCCUUUGGUUUCACCUUUGGUUUCACCUUUGGUUUCACCUUUGGUUUCACCUUUAGUUUCCCCUUUGGUUUGACCCUCGGCUUUAUCUUUUUUUUUACUCUCAGUUUUACCUUUGGUUUCACCCUCAGUUUUCUUUUUAUCCUUUUUAUCUUUGUUUUUAUUCUUAAUUUUACCGAUCUUUUGAUUCGUCAUUUCAUCAUUGAGAUUCAAAUUAGAAAUAAGUGAUUGGCUUGGUAUAAUCCAUGGUUUCAUUUUAUAUAUAUUAACAAACCACAGAAAUUCUGGGAAGACCGAAAGUUCCUCAGCCGUUAAUGGACGGUCGAGUAUUGCUUCAUUCAGUCCCAUCCAAUCCAAUAAAGAAUUUUUAGAAUUUACUAGAUUCCUUUCUUCGGUAUUUGUCUGAAUCAAAAGAGCAAAAGGAUCUUUUUCAUUUUUAAAAAUUUGCUCAAUUUUCACAAUCUCUUCCAUUCUAUCAAUUAAUUGAUAAUUAUAAGUGAAAAUUGGAGUACUUUGAGUAUUGUUAUCAUUACCCGUGAUCCAGGACUCAAUAUCCGCUUUUUUAUCAAGAGAAAAAUUAAUCUUUUUCAAAUUUAAAUAUUUUCUCUCUAAAUUUUUGUCUGUAUAGGGGAUAUUGACCCUUUCUAUUUUUUCUCUGAAACUAGUGAUAGGAAGAUUUUUCGUUAUCGCAAACAAGUUGUUUUGUGACAUCUUGUAAUGAUAAGAAAUCGUUUCCCGUUUAGCUCCUGGAGGGGGUCCACUAUUUUUUUCAUACCGUUUAGCUCCUGGAGGGGGUCCACUAUUUUUUUCAUACUGAAUGUAUUGAUAUGCUAAAAGAUCAUAUUGACAGCAUUUUUUAAAAUUAUCUUUUUUUUUUUUAUUAAAUACUGAGUUAGCAUCCUUUUGUUUCCUGUAAUUAUUUAAUUUUAAUUUUCUACUGGAAUUCCUUUUGUGUAAAUCUUUUUGUUUAGACCUACGAUAGCGAUUCGCCCUAUUUCUCCAUUUUUGUUUUUGUGAUCUUAAGGCAGACCAGAAAUUAGGAGAUAAAUCGUAUUGAGAAUUCCCUCUUAACCAAAAUUUCCAUUGACUCGUUCUAGACCGCUUAAGUUCUUUUUUUAUUCCUUCAGAUUGAAGUAUUCCUUGUUUAUGAAAUGAGUCUUUUAUUUUUUUUUUAAUAAAGAAAUUCUUUUCAAUCAAGAAAGAUGUUCCAUUUUGUUGAAGAACAGACAUCAAAUUAGAUACGUUCAAAAAACUCCUUUGUGAUAUUUUGUACAAUACAUAUGCUUGUGACAAGUUAGAUAAAUCACCAAAAUUCUCUGGCUUUUCCUUAUAACGCUUAUUAUUAUGCGUUUUUAUAUUUGAAAGAGAGUUCAUUUUUGUUGAUUCCACAAAGAGUUUUUCAGUCAUUUGGCAAAUAGAUAUAGUAUAUAAAAAAAUAUAGUUAGAUAUUCUUUGAAUCAAUAAUUUUAUAAAAUAAUGAAAUUUAUAUCUUAAUCUAUUUUUUUUUAUUUUUAACAUUUGACAAAAAUUUUUUGACAAGGCUAAUCUCGAACUUUUUUUGUAAGGGCUCAUAUCUAGUUCUAGAGUCAGCCUUUUCUUAUCUUCCGUAAUUCUUUCUAGUUUUUUUUUAAUUGUAUUUGUCCUAUGAGUAAUAGCCUGUAUUUUGUGUGAAUAAUUUUUCCAAUCUGUAAUUUUUUCAAUUUUACUCAAGGGUUGAUUCAUUAUCUGGUUAUUUAUUUGAUCAUCUUUUUCUUUUUUUAUUAAACUCGGGUGUAUUGUUCUUUUUUCGUUUGAACUUGUUUUUUUUUUUGAAAACUUUUUUAAAAAUUUGAUUUUUACUUUUACAAAUUUGUAAAGUUCCUUAAAAACAGGCUCGAAAAACGAAGGUGUUUGUCGUGGAUGACCAAAAGGGUGUUCUGUUUCCCUUCCCCAAACUGUUAAAAAACAAAAGUCAUCACGAGAAGUUAGUGAUUUAUAUUCGUGCCAAGGUUUUAGACAGAAAGGAAAUAAAAUUUUGAUUUGAAUACCUUCUGUCAACCAAUUUUCCGGAAAUUUUUUGUCAGCUAACGGAAUACCAUUAUAAGUACACUUCACAUGCGUUUCUUUAUUCCAUCCCUUUAAAUCUUCAGACCAUUCAGGAGUUUGAAAUAGUAGCAUACGCCCUAUAUUUUUCCCGAUUAUGAAUGAAGGUAAUAGAAUUUUUUUUCUCAGAAUUGAUUGGGUUAUUAAUAACAAACCUCUUAUUAUUUGGGUAUAUGGGAAAGUUUCCCAGGCUUCCCCUAUCUCUAACCGUUCUAUUUCCUCUCGUCGUUUCUUUUCCUUUUUGGUUUCUCUUUUUAUUAUUGUUUUUUUUUCCUCUGUAGACUCUAAAAUACCGAACUCGUUUCUGGAUGACCAUUUUAUAAAAAGUCGUUUCAGUUGAGCCAGGUAUGGUAUAGAAAAAAAGGUUUUUUUCCUCAUCCUGUCAAAAAAGAGAGGGGAAUGCGCAUUUGCUUUAAAAAGUCCCUCAAUAACUAUUUUACGUCUUUGAGUUCGCAUAGAGUCUUUUAUUAAGCCUUGGCGAAAAUCAGAUUGGUGCGGAUAUCGUAACAAAUAAAGCUUAUUAUCCUCAUCUUCCUUUUUCUUUUUCAUAUUUUUAUCUUUCUCAUCAUUGUCGGAUUUUAUAGCUUGAAUAUUUGUCUCUUUUGUAUUCUUAUCUUUGUUUGUAGUCUUAUCUUUGAGAGUCUUAGGCUCUUCAAAAAUUAAUACACUUAUCCCUUUUCUUGAACGAAUAUCAUGAUCAUCUGGUGGAUUUCUAAAAUACGAUAUUUGUUCCAAUUCAGUUAUUAAUUUGUAUGACCAUCCGGGGACUUUUUUACCAAUCUCUUCUUUACCUAUUUUUUCUAUUGCAGAAUAUUUUUUAUCGUCUGUCUCAAUUACAUUUACUAAAAAUUUUGUUAGUUGUUCUGAAUCCGUUAAAUUGAAACUCGAUGAUAAAGUUGAGAACUCACCAACUUGUAAUGGUUUUUUUUUCCUUUUUUUCAAAAGGAGACAUCAACAAUAAAGCAUGAAGUCUAUUUAGCAUAACCUUCUCUCUCAACUUUUUGAUCGAAGUCUCGUUUAUCAACGUUAUAUCUUUUUUUAGUCUUCCGCGGGAAGGCCCAUUUAACAAGGGAUCAUACUCUUCUGGUAAGUAUUCUUUUCUAGUCUCAUCAUUGUGUAUACAUAAUCGCGUUUUGGUUGUUUCAAUUUCUAGUAUUGGGACUGAUACUGGUUUGUCAAGAUUUUUAAUUCGAUUUAACAAAUCAAUUUUUAUAGAAUUUAAUUUUUGUUUGUUUCUAGAAACCCAAAAAUUGUCCAAUUUAUUAGAAAUAUCUUUUUCUAAUGAUAAAAGGGGUAUCUUUUUUUUGAUUAUUUGAAAAAAACGUUGAUAAACUUAUCGGAUGGGUAAAAGAUAUUCUAUCUUUUCCAUCACUUUUAUGUAUGUCAAAGAAAUAUUGUGCCAUUUCGUUUCUUACCGCUUGUUCAAGUCUAUUAUUUUUUAUGUAGCGAAAUGGCCGAGUCCAUCUUUUAUAAUCAAAAAGAAGAGCCACAAUAUGUUCUUUAUUUUCAUAUUUUUCAAGGAUUUCCAAUUCAGAAUCAGAUCCUUCCAAGUCCGGUUCGUUUACUUUCAAGUCCAAUUCUUUUUCCAAAAUACCCUUUUCUUCGGAAAAAAGGGAAGGAUCUUCUUCAGUGGAUUUCUUUUUUUUUUCUACGUCUUUUUCUUCCUCCUUUUGCAACCUUUCCUUUUCCCUUUGUUCUAUUUUUGAGACCUCACUAAAUUUCUGAGUAGGAAUAGGUAAGGGUGUUCUGCCUAAAGACUGAAUACUUAGAAUACAUACUAUACUUCCAAAACUACAAUUUAGUAAAAUAAAAAAGAUAGAAUUUCUGACUAGGUACUUUCUAAUAACAUUAUUUUUAUGUAUCCAGAUUACUAAAUUUUUCUGUAUCCAGACUACUAAAAAUUCCAAGCAAUUGAUGACUAAAAUUUGUCCAAUUCCCCAAGCAAAAAAACUGCUUAUUACAAACAACAUCUUAUUGUUACAGCGAAACAGAUAAAUGCUUACUAAUCGGGCUAACGUUGAACUUGGUAAAAUACAAAUGUUAAGCAACUGAAAAAUAA